GUUGAUUCUGUCUAGGGUAUCGAUCGACAACCAUACACAUUCAUACACAGUCCACUCAUUCGAGCCGUGCAGCUAGCAGGUGCAGUCUGACUGACUGAUUCAACGAGAAACCAUCAAUCUCAGAAUGUAUCAGUGUAUGAAGGAUUUCGGCACGUGUGUGUGCACUUCCUGGCCAGAAACGAAACUCGACUGUCAAGCCAACCACAAGAAAAUCAGAGCGGGAGGAAACAGUGAAUGGCAGACCCAUAUAGAAACAUGAGCACACAGAAACUGUCCUCUCACUGCCAAAAAACCUGAUUCGUGACAUUCAAUCCCAUCACAUGUGUCAGUAUUCAUCGAAAGGAGGCGGCGAGCUCGACUGUGGUGGACUGCACCACGCCAUUGACGGCGUGUGGUGCUGCCCGCCCCGGCCAUUCAGUGCACAGAGCAUUCCGAAUCCGUCGGGCGAGCCAUCCCCUGCCGUCCUCUGCCGCAUUCCGUUCGUCCGCACAGGGGGUGCUCUGUUUGGCGAUGGCGGCACAACUGAAGGACUGUGUGUGUCGACUGGCAGCAACAACGAGCAGGGCGAUGGCGGCAUGGCGAAUGAGGGGUGCGGAUGCUGGACCAUUUGUGGCGAGGUGGGUGGAGAGAAGAAAUGAUCGGACGGCGGAGAGAGGUAUGCAUCUGGAGCCAUGCUGCACGUCAUCUUCUUCUGGGCAUCUGAACGAAGCAGCAAGAAUGAGCCAGGACUUGUGUUUGUGGGGUCGGGAAGAUACUUGCGAUUUGUGAAGCGAUGUAUGGUGUGAUGGGCAGAUGGAGAUCCUUGGCCGCCCUCACCACAUCGUCCACCCGUCCCGCCUGGUCCUGAUGCAUACAAAGCACAAUCAAAGCUGGUGCACCUAUCUGUCGUCCGGCGUGUCUCCCUGACUGACCGAUUCUGCCAGGCCUUUGACAACGAGAGUGAUGGUGCUGAGGUUGGGCGGGCACAGACGGGAUCGAUUCAUGUCCCUGAAUAUCGCCAUUGCGUGGCCCAUGUCGCGAGAGCGUACGUACAAGUACACCAUCGCGUUCACCGACGCCUACACAGAUGACAAGCCAGCAGCAAUAUUGAUGGCUGUUGUGUGUUUCGGUGGGUUUGGGAGCAAGGACCUGGUUGGGCCUGAUGCCCUUGUUGAUGGCCAUGCGGUACACAGUGAGAGCUGUCGAGCCGUCACCCACGUCAGCAAAGCCACGGAUCAAUAUGGCGGGCAGCGGACCGACCGGCGGACAAUCCAAGCUGCAUCGGACAGAAACGCAUUGACCCGGCUGGGAGGAUCGUUCUUGUCCUUGGCUCACUCACCUCUGGAAGAGGCGGAACGCUUGGAGAGGUCGUCCGCCCAGACAGAGUGCGUCCAUGAGACAGCACAAAGGGUAGGCCACGAUGGGCAACCGGCCAUCGGCACUGCACCCUCCCUUCAACGCAGCAAACGGAAAUGGACCGAGAGAUCGGAAAUAAGAUGCCCACAGAGACAUAGCCUGAUGGCAAAGUCACAGACACCUUUUCCAUGCCCUGCCCUGCCUUGAGAGCCAGCGCCCGACCUUGUCAGCUCUUCUGCCGGGCGGCCAUGCCGACAGGCGCCCGAAGCCACGGAUAAGAUGGCCGUAGUCGGUGACUUCCCAUGUGGACAGCGAUGAUUCAUACUCGUUCAAGAACUUCUCGAGAGCAGCCUCCUCGUUCAUGUGGAGGAAAAAGUCAAUGACGGCAUUGAACACGGACACAGGCCGCAGAGUCUCGACAGCAAUCUGCUGGACGGAUGGAUGCAUGGCAGACAAAAAGUAGACAGUCUCUUUGUGCUUUGUACAUACGUUAUUGACAAGUUUGAGCAUGUUGUGUAUGUCUUGGGGAGUCGACUCAGGCGUCAUGUGGUCCAGGAGAAGCAGCCACAAAGUUGCGGGAAUCUGUGUGGCCACACGGCCAGUAAAUACAUCGCAGAACGUCGCCUGCUCUCCUUUGCUUCCUCACUCGCGCAGGCUGUCCUGCAGUCGGCAGCAGCCACUUCCACACCAACGCCAGCUGACCCCAGGCAGCAGCAGCCCGACCAAACAAGACGAUGCACGUCGGCUGAAAGGUAGCAAAUCCCUCUUCCCCGUGUCGCGCACAGAAGUCCAGGCAGUCGUCGGCCUUUCGCAAACACGCCAUGGCCAGAUCGGUAGUCGUGAGUGAAUCCCGUGACAUUUCAUGACGCAUCUUGAGACAAGCACUGCUGUAGCCCUUGACCAUUGUUGCGUACAACUUGACACGGCCGCUUAUAUCGCCUCCCUGUGCGCCUUCCUCCUGGAAGUAGUCAAACAGCAGCUCUGCGAGCUCGUGAUCUCCACAAACUAGAGACUGGUGAAGGACGGAUGUCAAGGCCGCGUCCGCCGACUGAACACGGUAAGAGACAAGGAAGCGAGCACACCGAUGAACGAGAGUAACUACUUGUGUCGGCGUUAAGCGUACAUACCAGUAGUUUUUGUCUCUGUAUGUAAUCCACUACGUCGGGCAGGACGUUGAACAGGGGAAUCUUGUCGCCCGCCUUGCUGUAAGUCCGCAGCAAAUCCGCGUAGGCUUUCAACAUGCCACUCCCACCCACGCUGCACAUCAAAUACGACGGGAGACAUACGGUAUGCAUUUUCGUGCCUGCCAUCCAUGUUCACCCCUGGAAGAACGUCUCGGCCAGGCACACAUCGCCGCAGCCGGCGGCCGCCUCGAGGAGCAGAGAAGCCUUAUCGCUGGACAAGCUCAACGUGUCCUGCAAAUGAUUCACAGUGACUGUCUGAGAAAACGAAGUCCGCAGGUGUGCAUACAACUGGUAUUUUGUGCAACAAGCGGCAGGCCUCGUCAUAUCUCCCGUGUGCUGCGUGGUCCAAGGCCAUGGCGACCACGGCAUCCACCGACAUGCCCGUCACAUCCAACAAAUGCCUGAUUCACCGAUACAACAGGCAGGAGGUAUGCACGGGGCACGUGUCUCCCUCUUUUGCUGCGUUUACUUGUCUAUGUGGCUCUUCUGUGAGUGUCCGUUGAAUUGACUCUCUGCCAAUGUCUUGUCCGCUGUAUGAGGGUCGGCGGCUGGACCAAGAAACCUGUGCAAUUUUCCCCCCAAACAAUCACGCUUGUCGUUGUUCUCCGCAGUGGUCGGCGACCCGCCUCGAUAGCGAGGGCGAUGAUCGAGGGCAGGGCCUGACUCUGCAUCGGCCUCAUCGACAGGACAUCCACUGAAAGAGAGAGACAGGAUUGACGUAUGUCUAUUGGAGUGCCGGAGCAGAGCAUAGCAGUGUCUGCGUACAAUGCGAAUCCGCGGAACGGGUCCCAUGCGAAGUCAUGGUCUUCAGCAGGCGGCGACUCUGUCCAUUCACCAUCAAAGUCAUCUCCAGCAGGAUCUGGGCAAGGCACAAUGGGCUCAAUAGAACAGGGACAAUCGCUCGUUGAACGAGCACCAACAGACUUCUCGGCAGCAGCAAGACCAGGCAGCCCAUUUGUCUCUUCUUCAACGGUGGCAGCCUCUUUGGCAGCUGCCGAUGAAAGUGCAGCAUCCUUAACUCUGUCCUCCUUCAGUUGUGGUUGAAGAAACAGAUGUACUGGAUCCUCCAGCAGCUUGGCAACAGACUCGGAGACUUCUGGACAAGACAGAGGCAUCCCAUUAUUUUCAUCUUCACCAUGAUUCGACGUCCGUCCCGCUUCCGUAGCGGGCGGCGUUCCAACAGAUGAUGCCCAAGAAUCUGGUAUAUCCAACAGCCGCUCAACAGCUUCCACAUGUCUCGCUGCCUCGGCAUCAAUCUCAUCGUGAUCGUCUUCUUUAUCAUCAUCCGCACCAUCGUCCACCGGUGGGUACGUCGGUGGUGCGAAAGCUGGUGGCGGAGGGAUCUCGCCAACGGUGGACAGGUCAAUCUCAACCUCAAAUGACCCUAAAGGACCGAGGGGCGCCUCAAGAAUCUCAGCGUCUGUCUGCGCGCAGGCCUCCUUCUUCUCCCGAGGAACAUACUUGAACACCUUCCUUGGCACAGCACUGUGUCUCCCUGGAAAACGCCAUCGAGUUGCCAGCGGUGAAAAGCCACGACCUCCAGCAGGGGUGUACGAUCGAUGUGUGGCCCCCUGCCAUCUUGCCUCAGGCCUGUUCCCCCCGCGACCGCCAUCCCUGGUAGGGGACGGCGAUCUGAACCGACGAAAGUGGGGGGGCCGGAAGCCAUCCAGCCCUCUCCCGCAGUGGAAACCACGUUGGCGGAUCGGAGGGGGAUAAUAGCUGCCGCCUCGCGGUUGGUGAGCAGCGGAGAAGUGAAAGCGGCGGUGUCCGGAUGAGUGGAUGAAGUCAUCGUAGAAGGUCACGGGAUGGUCUGCGUAUCGAGGUGGACACCGAGGGCGGAACAUCAUGGCAGCGGACACCGACUGCGUGUCGUCGUCUCGUUUGAUGCGGCCCUCCCUCGGUGUGGGCAACAGCCCUUUGCCGUCCUUGAUGCUGUCCAGGUCACCGUUGCAAUCGACUGACUGCCUUCUCGGCAAAUCGAUGAACAACCGACGCGACGUAGCGGCAUUUUCACGAAGGGGCUCGGUGUCAGACGUGGUUGUGGUCUGGGGUGAGUGCCUGUAGGGCUUUCCUUUCCUCAGACUGUCGCCUACAGGUCGCAGCGUAGUCUGCAGAGGCAUGAUCAAUCAAAGUUAAAGGCGUUGAUAGUGGCGGCGAGAGAACAAGGUCGUCAUCCGCCUGCAGAGGACCAAUGCAUGGAACAACCUGAAACACACAAAGAAAAUAGCUAUAGAGAGGGAGUGCGAGGCUGGAAGUGCCCAGGUGCAUGCGUUUUCGCAGGGGAUGUGCAUCCUCAGGCUCCCCAUUACCAAUCAUCAUAUCUCUUCCUGACCCCGGCCAUUGCGGGGAAGACUCGAGCCCUAAAAUCGGAGAGGGGUCCCUUUCCUGCCC